AGUUCGACACUCAAUACAAUACUUAAAUUACUCUUCUUACUCUUUUAUAUAUAUUUUCAUGUACACGGAUAAUAAUGGUCUCAAUAAUAUUUUAAAUUAGUAAUAAUGCGUUUCUUAGUUAAAACAAUCUUUACAAUUAAAUAUAUCGGACGGCUCAGAGUUAUUCUCGUGUUCUGCUGUCACAGCAGGAAAUCCUUUUCCCGCCCACUACACUCGCGCGAAUUUCAUUUCCUGUCAGUCAGUCACUACGACGGAGGAGAUGGAAGAGCCACCCAAAAUCCAGCGACUCAGCGAGUCGGUUGUUAACCGAAUCGCCGCCGGUGAAGUCAUCCAGCGUCCUGUAUCCGCCGUAAAGGAGCUCGUCGAGAACAGCCUGGACGCCGCUUCCACUUCCAUAAACCUUACUAUCAAAGACGGCGGCCUCAAACUCAUCCAAAUCUCCGAUGACGGUCACGGCAUCCGUCACGAUGAUUUACCGAUCUUAUGCGAGCGUCACACGACUUCCAAGUUGUCUUCAUUUGAGGACUUGCAGAGCAUCAAAUCGAUGGGGUUUAGAGGAGAAGCUCUCGCUAGCAUGACCUACGUUGCACAUGUCACCGUUACUACCAUUACCAAAGGCCAAUUGCACGGUUACAGGGUAUCUUAUAGAGAUGGUGUCAUGGAGCAUGAACCUAGGCCAUGUGCUGCUGUAAAAGGAACACAGAUAAUGGUUGAGAAUCUAUUCUAUAACAUGGCUGCAAGGCGGAAGACACUACAAAGUUCGUCGGAUGAUUACUCAAAGAUAGUAGAUGUUGUCAGUCGGUUUGCUAUUCAUCAUACUAAUGUCAGUUUCUCUUGCAGAAAGCACGGAGCUGUUAAAGCAGACAUUCACACAGUGGCCACAUCUUCAAGGCUUGAUGCCAUCAGAACAGUUUAUGGGGUCUCAGCUGCUCACAAUCUGAUUGAAGUUGAAGCUUCAGACGAUGAUCCGUCUUCUUCGCUUUUUGAGAUGAAGGGUUAUGUUUCUAAUGCUAACUAUGCUGCCAAGAAAAUCACUAUGGUGCUUUUCAUCAAUGAUAGGCUGGUCGAAUGGUCUGCAUUGAAGAGAGCUAUUGAAAUUGUUUAUGCAGCAACAUUACCUAAAGCAGCCAAGCCUUUUAUAUAUAUUUCAAUUGUUUUACCACCUGAGAAUAUUGAUGUCAACGUGCAUCCAACAAAAAGAGAGGUGAGCCUCUUAAAUCAGGAAGUUAUCAUUGAGAAGAUACAAUCGGUGAUUGAAUCAACAUUGAGGAAUUCCAAUGAGGCUCGGACAUUUCAAGAACAAACAGCUGGACAAUCUUCUACCUCUCGUAUUAAUAAGAGCAAGGAGGUUAACCUAAGCCCUAUGCCAUCGGGCUCGAGAUCAGAGAAAGUGCCAGUACAUAAGUUGGUUAGAACAGAUUCAUUAGAUCCUGCGGGAAGGUUACAUGCCUACAUGAAAGUUAUGCCUGGUGGACAUCUAGAAAAGAAUGUCACUUUGAAUGCAGUAAGGUCCUCAGUUAGACAAAGAAGGAGCCUAAAAGAUUCUGCAGAACUCACUAGCGUAGAAGAACUUCUUGACGAGAUCAGUAACAACUAUGAUCCUGGAAUGAUGGACAUUGUAAAGCACUGCACAUAUGUUGGAAUGGCAGAUGAUGUUUUUGCUUUGCUUCAGCAUAAAACUCAUCUUUAUCUUGCAAAUAUUGUAAACUUGAGCAAAGAGCUUAUGUAUCAGCAAGUUCUGAGCCGUUUUGGUCAUUUCAAUGCCAUUCAGCUAAGUGAUCCAGCACCCAUCAAAGACUUGAUUAUAUUGGCACUGAAGGAAGAGGAUAUAGAUUCAGAAUGUAAUGAUGAUGAUACAUUUAAAGAGAAGAUUGCAGAAAUGAAUACGGAGCUGCUGAAGCAAAAGGCUGUAAUGCUGGAGGAGUAUUUCGGCAUUCAUAUUGAUGAUCUUGGAAAUAUCUCUAGACUUCCUGUGAUACUUGACCAGUAUACUCCUGACAUGGAUCGCAUCCCUGAAUUUGUGCUUAGUUUAGGCAAUGAUGUUGACUGGGAAGAUGAAAGUCACUGCAUUCAAGCCGUAUCAGCUGCUCUGGGAAAUUUCUAUGCUAUGCAUCCACCGUUGUUGCCCAAUCCAUCCGGUGAGGGAAUGCUUUUCUACAAGAAGAGAAAACUAUUUGACGGUUUUGCCCUGGAGAAUACCUGUGAUAGUACUGGGAGUGAUGUUAUUGACAACAAUAUUGAACAAGAACUCCUUUCUGAAGCUGAGACAGCGUGGGCCCAACGUGAAUGGUCAAUACAACAUGUGCUUUUUCCAUCCAUGAGACUUUUUUUCAAACCACCUGCUUCCAUGGCUACUAAUGGGACCUUUGUUAAGGUAGCUUCAUUGGAAAAAUUGUACAAGAUUUUUGAAAGAUGCUAGUCAACCAAGUGGAUUUGGUAAGACUGAGGACAUUGAUUUUGCACUGGGAAUUAUGAUUUUAUUGCUUACACAUGUGUAUAUGUAUCUACUAGUAUAUAGAUGAUUAAAGUGGCCUAGUGAUCUUUUUUGCUAAGCGAUUUCGAAUGUAUAGGCGUGAUACAGUUGAUUUUGAGAAGUGAUGUAUUGUGUGUGUCUUAUGUAUCUACUACAUCUUUUAUUUUGUGCAAUCUUCACCAUCAGUACUAUGCUUAGAUCAUCAAAUGGACUCUAUAAGGCUUCAACUACGUGCAUAAAGAUAUUGAUUUUACUUUUGAAUGACACAUAUAAUAUUGAAAUCAA